CUGUCUUUUUACUGUUAAGCUAGCAAGUUUAUAGUUAGCCGAUGGUAGCUUCUUAUCUUCCCAUUUUUGCAUUUGCUAAUACAACUAUUCAGCUAUGAACUUCGCGUUUGUCUUACGUUCAUCGGCCACAGGACGUCGUUGAACGGCGACUUUUGGAGAGCACCGUAAUAUUAUGUACUGGGCAACAUCGUAAGCCUAACAGGUUAACAGGUUUAGCUACCGUUAGCCAUGGCCCUGUCCUGUGUAACAUGACAACUUUCUCGACCUGCUGAUGAUCCGUGUGUCAUCACAGUGAUCCUGUGAUAUUCCUGCCCGGUGGACCAUCUUAACAACACAGCAUGGAUGAGGAGUCUGCAGACCAAGCGGCCAGCCUGUCUCCUCUUCGCCUCAACGCUGGAGCUGACUGUAACCAUGGUGACCAGAGCUCACUGUUGAGCCAGCAGAAGAUGGUGUUGGAAAACCACGAUUAUCUCCAUCACCGUGAAACACUGGCCUCAAAGGUUUCAGCGGAAGAGAGAGGAGUGUGGUGUGAGUCUGAUGUCCCUGUAGUACAACAGAACAACCUCUACAACACAACAUCAUCCACGAAGAAGUCUUUCCCCUGCUCUGUGUGUGGACGACUCUUCACUACAAAACAGUCCCGGGACCGACACGUGAAGACCCACACGGGAGAGAAGCCGUUCCACUGCACCGUGUGUGGGAAGAGCUUCUCUCAGCAGUCCUCCUUUAGGAUACACCAGAGGAGCCACACGGGGGAGAAGCCCUACCGCUGCCUUGAACCUGACUGUGGGAAGAGCUUCUACCAAUCAGGAGCCUUGUUGAGACACGGAAGGGGUCACGCUGAGGGGUCGACUAGACUAAGAGCUGCUGGAGAUGUGCUGCUUGUCCAACAGGAUGAUACUAGUAACAAGAAUUCUAAACUUCAGGCUGUAGUGGAUGUGCUGCCAGAGCAAGAGGAUGUCCGUCUGGCUGAAGGAGACAGUCCUGCUCCUCCUCCCAGCUCCGUCCCCUCUACACCGGGAAGACUACCUGUCCGACACCGGCAGAACCACAACAACACGUCCCACACCAACACCUGUCAGAAGUGCGGAGAGCAGUUCCCUACCUUCUACAAGCUGCGUGUCCACCUGACCACCCACAGGGGAGAGAAGCCCUUCUCCUGUCCAGACUGUGGUCAAUGCUUCUCAGCCCGGGGGUACAUGGAGUCACACCAGAGGGUACACAUCAAGGAGAGACCACACCCAUGCCCCGACUGUGGUAAGAGGUUCCUCUCCCUGGGAGACCUGAAGAAACACCAGCAGAGCUUCUCCGAGGAGAGACCGUACAGCUGCUCCGAGUGCAGGAAGAGUUUCACCCAGCCGGGGUUCCUAAGGGCACACCAGAGGACACACACCGGGGUAAAAGGUUACCGCUGCUCCUACUGUCACAAGGACUUCUUCACUGCCUCCAGUCUGAGGAGACACAGGAAGCAGGCGCAUGCGGAAGAGACCGUCACACUGCCCCCUAGUGGUGGACUCCAGCUGUCACAUGCUGGAGAGAGCCUGGGUCAAGCUGAAGCUGGUGUACCAGGACUGAAGGUCAUAGUAAAGGAGGAGGAGGAUCCUGCUUUUGGAGACAGUUCUAACAACCACCACUCUGAGACUACUGAGGAGAGUCUCCCUGCAGCCGUAGAGCAUAAACAACAACAACAUAAACAGCAACACAGCUGUCACAGAAGAGCCCACCCCUGCCCUGUGUGUGGAAAGGAGUUUCCCAUUGCAUACAAGCUUCAAGUCCAUAUGAGAAUCCACACUGGAGAGAAGCCUUACUCCUGCUCUGUGUGUGGGAAGAGCUUCGCCCAGAAGGGGAGCCUGACGCUCCACCAGAUCGUCCACACCGGAGAGAAACCUUACUCCUGCCCCGACUGUGGGAACACCUUCUCCCAGAUGAUCAGCCUGAAGAGACACCAACUGUUGCACACGGGAGAGAGACCGUACCGCUGCUCCGAGUGUGGGAGAAGCUACACCCAGCAGAGAAACCUGAGGGCCCACCAGCUGAAGCACACCGCAGAGAGACUUCACUGCUGCUCUGUGUGUGGGAAGAGCUUCUUCACACCCUCAGGACUCAGGGAUCACCAGAGGUCUCACACAGGAGAGAAACCAUUCCCCUGCUCUGUGUGUGGGAAGAGCUUCUCACGGCCUGGUCUCCUGAGAGAACACCAGCAGACUCACACAGGAGAUGGUGGACAGGUGGAGCGAGACCGCAGCAAGGACCCUGGUGACCAAUCGAGCCCCAAACCCAAAGAGUCCCUGGGUGAAACUCUGGGACUGAAAAUUAUAGUUGAAGAACUGGAGAAAGAAGAGGAGGGGAAGAAGGCGAGAGAAGAAGAGGAUGAGGAAGUUGGUGGUUUGAUCAAUUCCGACGGAGAGGAAGUUGGUCACGUUUCUCUUUCUAGAAAAAGCCCUGUCCCAGUCUUUGUUAGCGGUGAGAUUCCCUCUACAUCAGCAGAACCUGAACAACACCAACAAAUCCAGGAGAAACGAUGCAGAACCAAGAAGCCUCACCUCUGCUCGGUGUGUGGAAAGGAGUUCCCUAAACCAUCGAAGCUAGUUGCACAUCUCCGCACACACAGUGGAGAGAAACCCUUCCGCUGCUCCGUGUGCGGUAGAGGUUUCUCCACAGGGGGUAUCACCCUACAGAGACACCUUUUGACGCACACAGGGGAGAAACCUUACCACUGCUCUGUCUGUGGGAAGAGGUUCAUCCAGCGAGGGAACCUGUUAAAACACCAGAAGGUACACACUGGAGAAAAACCUUACUCCUGCUCCGUGUGUGGACGGAGUUUCCCUCGAUUUGAGCGUCUGAAGGACCACCAGCGGACACAUACAGGAGAGAAACCUCAAUCUUGCGAUGUCUGUGGGAUGAGGUUCUCCUACGCGUCCUCCCUCAAGGUCCAUCGCAGGAUGCACACCGGGGAGAGACCUUACCAGUGCUCUGUCUGUGGGGAGAGCUUCAACUCAACAGCAAACCUGAGGAAACACAGACAGUCCCACACUGGAGAUAAUGGGUCUGCUAACAUGAAGAGGGGUCGGCUCCUGAGGUCGUCCCACACUGGAGAGGGGUCUGCUGCUGUUACUGUGAAGAGGGGUCGGCUCCUGAGGUCGUCCCACACUGGAGAGGGGUCUGCUGCUGUUACUGUGAAGAGGGGUCGGCUCCUGAGGUCGUCCCACACUGGAGAGGGGUCUGAUGCUGUUACUGGAGGAUGUCAGACCGCUGGUGGGGAUGCUCAGGGAACCGUCGUCAAAGAUAAAAGCUCUCUGGGUCCUGACCAAGGCCACGGUGAAGGCUGCAGUCAAACAUCUACCUUAUAUAUCGAUAGUAAAGAAGAGGAGGAGGAAGUUGGUGGUUUGAUAAAUUCCGAAGGAGAAGAAGUUAAUUGGGAUUACCUCACAUUGCAGGGCCGGAAGUCAGUUUCUGAAAAGUUUGAGGACCAAGAUGAAGAUGAAGAAGAUGGUUAUGGUAUGGAAGAAGAGGAAAUUGGUGGUCUGAUCAAUUCAGACGGAGAAGAAAUUGGUUGGGAUCGUCAUCGUAUCAGACAGAGUGUCAGCCGUCCUUCUGACAGCGAGGAGAGUCCCUCUGCAUCAGGAGAACCUGAACAACACCAGGAGAAUCACAACAACACAAAGACCAAGUCUCACCACUGCUUUAGAUGUGGGAAAGACUUUGCCAACAUCUCUAACCUACGGCGACACCAGAAGAGACACUCAGGAGAGAGUCCCGAACACAGAUCCGACAGCGAAGCCAGGAAGUCCCACUGCUGCCCAGAAUGUGGAAGAGACUGUAAGAAGCUAUCAGCUCUACAAAAACACAUGAAGAUCCACACAGGAGAGAAGCCAUACCCUUGCUACGUGUGUGGGAAACAGUUCCGUGAAAGAACAGCCCUCCGCGACCACCAGAAAGUGCACACGAGAGAAAAACCUUACCCUUGCCCCGACUGUGGGAAGAGGUUCGCUCACUCAGGAGCUAUGAAGAGACACCUGCUGACGCACACCGGAGAAAAACCUUACUCCUGCUCUGUGUGUGGGAGGAGCUACACCCAGAUAGGGCGACUGAGAGAACACGAGCGAACACACAGCGAGGAGAAACACGACUGUUCCGUCUGUUGGAGGAGCUUCUCCAAAGCUACGGCCCUCGUCGCUCACUUCAGGACCCACACUGGAGAGAGACCCUACAGCUGUGAGGUGUGUGGGAAGAGCUACGUUCGAUCCCAGAACCUCCGAGCCCAUCAGAGGAAAAGUCACAGCAGCUCACUACCAAACCCUGGGACUGGGACAGGGGAAAACCUGGCUGCAGGGGUGAAGAGUGAAGAGGAUUCUAUUAGUAUCAGUGAUGAAGAGGAGGAGUUGAUGCUAGCAGGGUGGAGGAAAACGAGGACUAGCCUUUCACAUUAGGAUAGAUUCCUCUUUGUGCUGACCAUCUCUAGACACUGAAUGAAUAGUAUGGACCAAAA